AAACCAACAAAGGCAAAGAAAGCGGUUCAUGACAUUUACACCGUCCCGAUACGAAUAUUCAGCAUUUCACUCGUCCUCAGUCGUAUAACUCCGGCUGUCCGAAUGCAGCAGCAGGGGAGCAACGAUGUCUGAUUGACAAAUGCUCUGGAAAUAAACCCUCUCUAAUGAUUAGGCCUACGAAUAUGAAUCAUAGAUACAGAAACACCUCUCCCAUGUUCGACCUUUUCCAAAAGAAGGCGAUCUGGAAUGUUUAGUGAAAAGACACAAGCGGGCCCCUCUCGCUUAAAGCGUGAAUUAUACAUCCACCGUUUUAAAAACCUAUUGCACCUACAUCGGUCCAAUGAAAAUUAAAGUCGUUAGUAUGUCAACGAGGUGUGGGUGAGUGCAUAUAACCCCGGAGUGUGUGUGCUCGUCCGUGUUGUGGCGAAUGGGAAAGCGGAGGGCUCCAUCACCAGGAGACGCCAACGCCAGUUGAUGCGUCAACUUUGUUUUCUUUUAUUUAUUUUUUAGAGGUUUGCACACACAAAAAAACGACAUGUAUAUUGGGUUUGGCUACAUUAAAGGGGGCAACGCGUGGUAUAAGAAUCGUGUGGUUCUCGAAAGCUAACCAUUUUUACGUUUAACUAUAUUCUACGGGUUUCUUUCCCCCGCUAUAGUUAUCAUUCUGCUAGCUCGCAGCUGCUAGGUGGCAGCUAGGUAGCUAGGUUAGCUAAUCAGCCGCCGGCCAAAUUACCAGCUCAACUUCAGGAUGAUUCAAAGGAUUUUCGGAUAAAGCGGCAUCUUAGACGACACGGUUUUUCACAACCCGAAAUUUGGAUUUUGUGGCGCUCGAUGCAAAAAUGAAGAAACAGUUUAAUCGGAUGAAACAACUCGCCAACCAGACAGUUGGCAGAGCUGAAAAAACAGAAGUCCUCAGUGAUGACCUGCUACAGAUUGAGCGCCGUAUGGAGCUUGUGAGGGUCGUCUCCCAUAACGCGCACAAGAGGCUGAUCACGUGUCUACAGGGACACAUAGGUGCAGAUGCUGAGAAGAGACAUAAAAAGCUCCCGCUCACAGCUUUGUCACAGGCAAUGCAAGAUGGCGGCAGUCAACUAGGGGAAGAGUCUCUCAUAGGGAAAAUGAUGGAGUUGUGUGGUGAAGCAGAGAACAAGCUUGCUUCUGAACUGAUGCAGCACGAGAUGCAGAUUGAGAAGGACAUUUUGGACCCACUUAAUCAGUUAGCUGAGGUGGAAAUCCCCAAUAUUCUCAAACAGAGGAGACAGUUGGCCAAGCUGGUAUUGGACUACGAUUCUGCACGAACAAGGUGGUUGCAGACGACCAAGUCUAUAAUCUCGGGAUCAAACACAAUAGCACUGACAGCCAAAGCAGACUCACUUAAAGAAGAGAUGGAUGAGGCGAUGAACAAAAUGGAGCUGUGCAAGGAUCAACUUUCAGCCGACAUGUACAAUUUCUAUUCAAAGGAAGGGGACUAUGCUCGCUACUAUGUUAUGUUAUUGGAGGCCCAAGCGGAUUACCACAGAAAAGCUCUCUCCGUGCUGGAAGGUGUUCUGCCAACCAUUCAGACCCAGCAAGACUCCUGGACGGAGAAGCCUGCAUUUGGAACAGGCUUGGAUGAACAUCUGAAGCGCAGUGGCAGGGAGAUAGCACUGCCCAUAGAGGCCUGUGUGAUGAUGCUGUUGGAGACUGGCAUGAAGGAAGAGGGCCUUUUCCGAAUAGCUGCAGGAGCCUCUAAAUUGAAGAAACUCAAGGCAGCACUGGACUGCUCCACCUCUCAGCUGGAGGAGUUCUACUCCGACCCCCAUGCUGUUGCUGGCGCUUUGAAGUCUUAUCUUAGGGAGCUUCCUGAGCCACUGAUGACUUAUGAGCUCUAUGAUGAAUGGAUUCAGUCAUCCAAUGUUCCUGACCCAGACAAAAGAUUACAAGCUUUGUGGGUUACCUGUGAUCAGUUACCAAAGAACAACAAGGCAAAUUUUAGGUAUCUUAUGAAGUUUCUCACUAAGCUUGCUCAAGAAAGUGAAAUCAACAAGAUGACCCCCAGCAACAUUGCCAUUGUCUUAGGACCAAAUCUGUUAUGGGCCAAAACAGAGGGGAGCCUAGCAGAGAUGGCUGCUGCAACCUCUGUUCAUGUGGUUACGAUUAUUGAAGCCAUCAUCCAACAUGUAGACUGGUUUUUCCCUGAUGAUGUGGAGUUCAAUGUAUCAGGCAUGUUUUCAAUGCCCACACCCACGAUUAACCAUGUUAACCAUCUGAGCGUUCCUGACUAUGACUCGGGAACAACAGAGAGGAAAAGACCUAGCAGCGUGGUGGGACCUGAGAGUGACUUACUGAAACGAGACAGCUCUGCUAACAAAUUAAUGGACCACAAUCCUCGUAGAGGCAGUACGCUAACUAGAAAGCAACAUGCUUCACCUGCCUUCCAGCCGCCUCUCCCACCGGUGGAGGCUGCGGGUACUGCAGGAGGCCAGCUUGGUGCUGAGCUCCUGUUCCAGCAGCCCACACCAGUGGGCCUGGGUGGAGAGGCCGGCCAGCCCAGUGUAGCACUUGGGGUGGCUGCCUUAACAGCAGCAGCACAGCAGCCUCUGUCCCAACACACUGAGGAAAUCAGUUCGAAGCUGCGUGAUACUCCACCCACGUCUCUAACUCAGAGAAAUGGCAGCGGAGGCUCAACACAGUUGAGUGUGGGGCCCCCUUUGGCAGGGUCAUCCGGACCCAGCCCCCACAUGGCACCCAGAGGUACAAAGAAGCCAGCACCUGCUCCUCCUAAACCAGCCAUCCCAGCUUCAGGACAGCUCACCAGCCAGUCAGCUCAAUAUCCCUCACCUGGUACUCCUCAGUCCUCUCCUAGACCACUCUCCAGUCACUCUCCAACCAGCUUGAGUCCUUCCCAGUCACUACUUCCACCCACUACGACACCUCGUCGCCACUCAGGCAACCAGCCUCCCAUUCAGGCACCUAGCCAUCCACCCCCAGAGCCCCCUACCCAGGUCACCCCCCCUCUUCAGCUCAAAGCCCUAGGCCAGACAGCAGGGGAGGCUGUAGAGGAGCCUUCCCCACCGAGCACUCCAACUCCACCAAAGACCCCACCGCCUAUGCCCGGUGUUCUGGACAGUGCUAGCAACAACACUCCUCCCCUAUUUCAGUCCGGCUCUCUGCCACGGCCUCGGCCUGUGCCUAAACCCCGCAACAGACCCAGCAUUCCCCCGCCACCACAGCCUCAGAGCGCAGGCAGCGACUCCAAUGGCAUCUGCAGUGCUGCCUACAAAAUGAUGGAUUCGGGGAUAUCUUUCAAGGGGCUGGGCCGAGUCCUUAUGCCUGACAUUCCCACAGAGCUGCAGCCUGUAACCCAGCUACUGGACCCUGACCUGGACUCUGAGAGCACAGUGCUGUAAAGAGGAAGAUGGCGCUGGCCUUGAACCUGCUACCCUAUCCUACCCUAGCCCACAGGUUCUCUGAAACGCUGCUGUUCUCACCCUCUUACCAAAGUGCUUGUCAGCUUGGCUGCAUAUUCCCAAAGAUGUGGACAAUAUGCCUGUGACACAGGAGGAAGAGUGGGGCAGGAUCAUUAAAAGCUCUCCUUUAUUCUAAGGGAAUGUUAAAUUGGGCAACUGGAUCCACUUCUUUUUCAACAUGAACAAUGUACUGGUUUGAGCUAAAUGCUGGUUUGUCUUAAGUGGCCUUAGUUUAAAAAAACAAACAAACCAUGUUUGUUUGGCUUAGGAUAGUAAGUAGAAACCAUACUCUGGCUUCAAAUGUAGCUUAUGACUGCAGGUUUCCAGUCAGGUAAUAUACCUUACCAUUUUGUGUCUGAAAAAUGUCCUAGAUCUCUGUAUAUAUUUCCAUCAUCACAUUCCCUAAAGCUUAGUUGGUAUCUUGGUGGUUCCUUUUUUGCUUUGAAGCAACCAUUAUUAAGCCUGUUCUGAUUAAUAGAAUUACACAAAAUAUGUAACAUACAGUAACGGUAUACAUGCCACUCGGUUCUGCCAUUACCGGCUUGUUUUCCUAAUCUUGGGGUAUUCAUGUGAUUUUGGUGCUUGAUUAAUUUAUUUCACUGCAUUCAGCUACCUUUUCAAGAAUUCAGUUACAUGUGAAAGAAUUUGGUUAUCUAUGUGGGAAAUAUUGACUCAAAUGUCCAAUAUCAUUAUAUGUGCUUGUUUUCCCUUGUUCCUAAUAGUAAGCGAUCUUGAAUGGUACCAAGUUACACGAAACGUGUGCUGGUUGUGCCACCCUCAUGAUCGACAGUCUGGAUGAUCACUGGCCUUACCGUUACCUUGCUGCCUUGCCCUUUUUGAAGGUUUGGAAAAUUUAAACCAUAACUGUACUGGCUGAACAGAAGCUGUACAAAACGUUUUGAACAUAACAGACUUUAGAAAAAUAAAAUGCUUGUUAUUACUGCCUAAAGAUUAAAAAAGUACAAUGACAGCUC